AUGGCAGCCGAAGCGGGCCUUUCUCGCUCUACCUUUGCCAAGCUCUCUCCUCAUCCAUAUCUCCUCGCAAACCUCGAACCCUCCAGCGACUCUGCUGCGCCGACACGAAGCAAUGGCCGAGCACCGUUCGAAGUCCGAAAACCGACGGUGAACCUGUCAAGUCUCUCACACGCCCACGGAAGCGCUCUGGUGCGCACGGGAGACACCACCGUCAUCUGCGGCAUCCGGGGCGAAACCAUCCUGACGGAGCACAUCCCCAACUAUCGCGCAUCCAACAUACAGACAGAACUAUCCGACUACGACCUACUGGUUCCAAAUAUCGAGUUGGCCACUGGGUCCGCACCACAGUUCUUACCCGGCGGUCCGCCCACGACGCUCGCUCAAACGCUGAGCACCAGAAUCUACUCUCUCCUACACAGCUCCAAGCUGCUGCGCGCCGAGGACUUGCGGAUAUGGCAUAAACGAGCGGCCGACGUUCCGGUUCCAGCUGAUGAAGAGGAGGUUAUGGAGGAAAGUGAUGGGGAGAAAUACGUGGCCGCCUACUGGGUGCUUUAUAUCGACAUCUUCUUCAUCUCCUUUGACGGCAACCCGUUUGAUGCGGCUUGGGCUGCUACGGUGGCCGCUCUGCGCGACACCAAGCUGCCGCAAGCUCGCUACGACCCCGACCGAGAGAUGAUCUUGUGCUCCAGGAAAGACCCCAGACCUCUCACGGUGGCAAGCAUACCGAUUGCCUGCACGGCAGUCAUCUUCACAGGCAAGGAGACGAAAGACCAGGCUCCGGAUGGCAAGUUCUGGCUGCUGGCAGACCCAGAUACCCUCGAGGAGUCAUUAUGCAACGAGACGGUCACAAUUGUCGUCGACUGCGCAGGAGGCUCAAGAAGGAUCCUCUCCAUCUCAAAGCACGGAGGCACGGCCAUGACGGCGAAGCUACUCGGGUCGAAGGACUUUCUCGACUGGGCGAGUAAGCGGUGGGAGGAUUUUGCAUCAGCAAUCACUGGCACCCGGCUUUGA